UCUCCCAGCAUACAGAUGGGUGUAACCAACAUGUUUACAAAGUCUUGCUCAGUGUAGCUCAGCGAGGAAACAUGAAGAAAGGGAGCUGAACCUCAGUUUGGAUCUUUGUUUUCGUCUAUGUGUUGAAUGUGAAACUGUUUCACAUUCAGCGUCUCUCUGAGGUAAAAUGUCGCAGCAACAAAACACGAUGGACCAGAAGAAACUCAGCUGUUCGAUCUGUUUGGAUCUACUGGAGGAUCCGGUGACUAUUCCCUGUGGACACAGCUACUGUAUGGACUGUAUUAGAAGUCACUGGGAUGGAGAGGAUGGGAAGGAAAUCUACAGCUGUCCUCAGUGCAGACAGACGUUCAGACCGAGGCCUGACCUGAAGAAGAACACCAUGUUGGCAGAUUUAGUGGAGGAACUUGAGAAGACCAGACUUCAGGCUGCUCCGGUGGAUCUAUGUUAUGCCGGACCUGGAGAUGUGUCCUGUGAUUUCUGCACUGGUAAGAAACUGAAAGCUGUCAAGUCCUGUCUGCAGUGUCUGGUCUCUUACUGUGAGCAACACCUCCAGCCUCACUAUCAAUCUCCUGCCUUUGAGAAACACAAGCUGAUCAAACCGUCUGUGAAGCUCCAGGAGAACAUUUGCUCUCGUCACGGUACAGAAAUGAGGAUUUUCUGCCACACUGAUCAGACGUGCAUCUGCAUUUACUGUGCCCUGGAUGAACAUGAAGGCCACGACACGGUCCCAGCUUCGGCAGAACGCAGCAAAAAGCAGGGAGAGCUCCUCAGCAGCCGGCAGAAGAUCCAGCAGAGGAUCCAGGAGCGAGAGGAAGACGUGAAGGUGCUUCAGCAGGAGGUGGAGGCCAUCAAUCAGUCGGCGGACAAAGCAGUGAAGAAGAGCGACAAGAUCUUCACUCAGCUGCUCCGUCUCAUCAAGAACGCCGGCUCCGACGUGAAGCAGCAGAUCAGAUCGCAGCAGAAAAACGAAGUGAGCAGAGCCAAAGAUCUGGAGGAGAAGCUGCAGCAGGAAAUCAACGAGCUGAAGAGGAGGAACGUUGAGCUGGAGAAGCUUUCAAACACAGAGAACCACACUGAGUUUCUGAUGAAUUACUCCUCGUUGUCAUGUCUGAGGGAACCUACAGCCUCACCCCGUGUCCACAUCCACACCCUGCUGUACUUUGAGGACGUCACCGAGGUUGUAAACAAAGCCAGAGAUAAACUACAGGACGUAAUCACUGAUUUCCAAACCAGUAUCUCACUGGCUGAGACCAAACUGAGUGUUCUUCUGCCACAAGGAGAACCCGAAUCCAGAGCCGAGUUUCUACAACUCAACCAACAACUCACGCUGGAUCCGAACACAGUGAACCCACAUCUGUCUUUAAGCGAAGGGGGCAGGAAGGCAACGGUGACGACUGAGAAGCAGCUUUAUUCCAACCACGGGGACAGAUUCACCGACAUGUUUCAGGUCCUGAGCAGGGAGAACCUGAGCGGACGUCACUACUGGGAGGUGGACACCAGCAGAAGUGAAGUUUCGAUCGCGGUCGCCUACAAAGACACGAGCAGAACGGGAUACGAAAGCGGGUUCGGGAACGACGACCGGUCCUGGGCUCUGGAGGUGUUCGACAACCGCUAUGAGUUCAGACACAACGGAAGCAACACCUGCAUCUCAGCUACUCGGUGCUCCAGGAUCGGAGUCUAUCUGGAUCACAGAGCAGGUGUUCUGUGUUUCUACGGAGUUUCUGAAGCAAUGACUUUGAUCCACAAAGUUCAGACCACAUUCAGUCAGCCACUACACGCUGGACUUGGUGUUUUUGCUUCUUAUGGGCCUGGAUCUGCUGCUGAGGUCUGUAAGGUCGAGUAGACCUUCUGCACGAUUCUUUGUGACUUGAUCUGAUGAUGUUUCAUUCAUGAUUCAGGAACUAAAAGCAGGAACUGUAUGAUAAUCACUCAAGCUGAUAAAAAGCAUCUUACAAUAGAUAUUUUUAUGAAUUUUGAGAUACUUCAGGUGAGAUUUGCUGCUCUUUUUGUUUGAGAAUCCAGAAUGUGGCACAUUUUGACAGUUCAAACCAACUUUUGUCUUUCUCAGUGAGAGUUUAUAUUAAAUUACAACAUAGUACGAUUUGCUGCUUUUAUUUUAUUCAUCUUUUUUUUCUUGUUUCAAUCAUUAAAAGACAAAGAAAACAACCAAGAUGCAAUAAGAGUUUACACAAACAAUGAAGGCCUUUUAUUUCUACAAUAGUCGACUUUUUUCCUUUUUUUGUACUACAUUCCAAAACUAUUAGCUUCAGGCACAUUUUGCACAUGAAAAAUAGUUGCAGCAGAAAAAAGCCAAAGUGCACUUACUAUGUUAUUUUUCUCUAUAUAUAAUGUUUUUCUACGGUGAUCAAGUUUGCUUUGAAUCUGUAAAUGAUUUAGCAUAUUUAACUGUCUGACCUUCUGUUGUUCCUUUAUUUUAUGUGAACAUUUGCACUUUCAUUUUGAUUAACAUGAAAACAUCUGACUUUUCAAUUUAUUCCAGGUUUGAUUAUUUUGUGUACAACACUUACAUAAUGUUGCAAAUAAAUUUUAUUUUGUCA